CUUUCUGCUGCUCUUCCUGCGGCCACAAAGAGCGGUCCUAGUGCCCUCCAUGUAUCCUAACCGCCAUUCAACAAACAAAGAAGACGAGCGACGAAGCCAAGUUGGAAGUGGUCCAUUGAAAAGUUGAUAGGACAACCUCCUGUACUGUAGAAUGUAGUAUGGACCACAGGACAGGACGAAGAAGUCCCGUUAAGAAACAGUGGAGGCUUAAGAUGCUCUACUAGUCUGCUGGAAAUCCAAAGAAGACGAAGGAGUAAAAAGCAAGAUGGCGUUUGACGGAGAAGGCCUAAACGUGGCCACUGGCCAUUAUUGUUUCUCUAUUUGUAUUUAGUGCAUACAUGUACGCAUAUAUGUGUCGUGUAGUUGAUGAAACAUUCUUAGUCAUUGUUUGUAUCCGGAUACAUUAGUCUGAGCGCACUUUAUCGCCUCUUGUGCUAGUUAGCUUAGCUUGUUAGCUGCUAACAGAAGACACAGAAGUUAUCAACACAUCGCUAAGUAGAGAUCAAGUGUGAGAGUAAAGUGUUGUGAUUGUGUGAAAAUGUGCCAAAGAAGGAUAGCAAAGUAUGAGGAGGAACUUUGUCCAACAAAAGAGGAGAAGGAGCGACAACAUCAACUACUGGACGCUGUUUUCAAGAAACAUCAAAUUGUGUUACACAGAACAGAUGUCCAGCAGCCCCCUCACAUUAAAGAGGAAGAGGAGGAUCCACAGCCCCCUCACAUUAAAGAGGAAGAGGAGGAUCCACAGCCCCCCCACAUGAAAGAGGAAGAGGAGGAAGUGUGGAUGAGUCAGGAGGGAGAGUGUCCUGUAGGGCAGGAGGAGGCUGAUGUCAGCAAGUUUCCACUGACUGUUGUCUCUGUGAAGACUGAAGAGCAUGAAGACAAACCACCUGAGUCCUCACAGCUUCAUCACAGUCCAAACGUCCAGCAGGUGUCAGCAGAGAGUCAUGAAGAGAUUCCCUCCAAGCAGCAGGAGUGGAGCUCCAGUGUGGGACAGAAGGAGCUACAGGCCCCCUCCCACAUUAAAGAAGAAGAGGAGGAACUGUGGAAGCAGCUUCAAAUGUUGGUGGAGGAUAUUGAUGAAGAUGAAGCUCAGUCCUUACAGCUUCAUCACUGUCAAAGUGAGGAGAACAGAGGGGUGGAGCUUGUAAGUCAACACAUCACAGAAGCUGAUGGAGAGCAUUGUGAAGAUAUAAAGUCGGAUCCAGACAGCAUCUUUGCUCCACUGUCAGACAUGGACCACAUGAUGUCAGACUCUUCUGAUCACAGUGACCACAUCCAAAAACCUUUGGAGAGUAAAAACGACUCUAAAGGUGAUACGAGACAUCACACUAACAACAAACACUUUGACUGCUCUGAAUGUGGGAAAUCAUUUAGACACAAGAGUAAUUUUACAGUACACAUGAGAAUACAUACUGGAGAGAAACCUUUUACUUGCUCUGUUUGUAAGAAGAGUUUCUCCACAAAGCGUAACAUGACCACACACAUGAGAACACAUACUGGAGAGAAACCUUUUACUUGCUCUGUUUGUAAGAAGCGUUUCUCCACAAAGCAACACAUGACGAUACACGUGGGAAAACACACUGGAGAGAAACCUUUUACUUGUUUUGUUUGUAAGAAGAGUUUCUCCACAAAGCGUAACAUGACCACACACAUGAGAACACAUACUGGAGAGAAACCUUUUACUUGCUCUGUUUGUAAGAAGAGUUUCUCCAGAAAGCUUGACAUGACCACACACAUGAGAACACACACUGGAGAGAAACCUUUUAUUUGCUCUGUUUGUAAGAAGAGUUUCUCCAUGAAGCUUGCCAUGACCAUACACAUGAGAAAACAUACUGGGGAGAAACCUUUUAUUUGCUCUGUUUGUAACAGGAGUUUCUCCAGAAAGUUUGACAUGACCACACACAUGAGAAUACAUACGGGAGAGAAACCUUUUACUUGCACUGUUUGUAAGAAGAGUUUCACUAUAAAGACUGUCAUGACCAGACACAUGAGAAUACAUACUAGAGAGAAACCUUUUACUUGCUCUGUUUGUAAAAAGAGUUUCUCCAGAAAGCCUAACAUGUCCACGCACAUGAGAACACAUACCGGAGAGAAACCUUUUACUUGCUCUGUAUGUAAGAAGACUUUCUCCAGAAAACAAAACUUGACAGCACACAUGAGAACACACACUGGAGAGAAACCGUUCAGAUGAACUGUGUGUGAUAAGAUGUUCCGGGUUAAGUAUAAAGUCAGUAAACACAAGUGUGUAACAGUCACGGAAGCUGCAGGAAUUUAAAAACACUUAAACAGUGAUUGUGCAAAAUUUACUUUAUGAACACAGCAUGGUUAAUAUGAAUGUAUAUUUGAUGUUGUAUGUAAUGCUUCUCAUCUUCUACUGUUAUAUGUUGUCCUGGAAUUACUUUUUAAAGGCCUACUGUAA